AAGCCAACUGUUCUCACUGAGCUGUUUACACUGCUCUGAAAUAAUUAGUGUGUCAUGGAACGUUCCCCUGACUUGUGGAUCUCUUCAUAUUAACUGCAGUGCACAGACAGACUGGAUACCUGAGCACUCACCGGGUUAUAUCUGUUUACUGUGGAUUUGUAUUCACUUUUUUCCCCACCCAUUUGGUUUAUCAAGCUGCAAUUCCUUUUUAUAUGAAAAGCUGUGAAGGAAUAGGUCACAUGCUCAGCUUGUGCGACUAACACCAAAACUACACAAAGCAGCCAAAGCAACAAAUCCAAAAUCCAACAAUCCUAAAACUAUAGUCUUUGGGCUGGUGUUGUUAAAGCUAUUUGGUCCCUCAGCACAUGCAUUAGCUGGGCCAGUUUAUGUUGGAUUUGUAAAGAUCCAAUCAAAUAGUUUAACCAAAAAAAUGAAGCUUUUCUGAAGUGAGAGAUGCCGGUCAUGCAUACAAUGGGAAGCCCAGAAUGUGGCUUAUCCCGAUCAGCAUUACAAACGCUUUCAAGGAGCCAUUGCAAAAACAUCAAGCAGAAGAUCUCCCAGUGGGAAGUGAGAAGCAGCAGCUCAUGCGGAGACCUACUUUCUGAUAAACCAGAAAUAUCUACUAAUGACCACAUUGUUCAUAAAAGAACUGCAGAGGACAGAAGAUCAGGUCUUAGUCUUAGUAGAAACAAACAACUAGGCCUUGAUUUCAGGGAAGCUGAGAGGGGCAACAUUUUUGAUCAUGAAAAUCACAAAUAUUCUGAUAUUUCUGAAGAAGAGAUUGCAAGCAGUCCAACUUCUUUUAAUGAAAAUGAGGACAGAAUAGAAUUUUUAGAGACAGAAUUUUCCAUUCCACCAGGAAACUUUUAUACAUCCCCAGGGAUGUUCAAGAAAAGUGCUGUGAUUUCACAAGAGGACUUGACAGAAAUGGUUUUGGACUUUAAACGAAAAAGGGGGAAAAGCAUUUCAACAGAAAGAGAAUUGGAUUUAAAAGGUUUAACAAGGGACAAUUCUGGUAUGAAAAGCUUAGAAAAUAUUUAUUAUGACCCUACAGAGUUUAAUGUUUUACCAUCAAUUAAUCCUGUACCCAAACCAAGAAGGACAUUUCGCUAUUCUACGGAUCAUCGUCCUGAGGAAUACAAGGAUAAUAACCACAGGAGGAGACGGUCUAUAGAUGAGAGUGACACCGAAUCAUCUGAUCCAUCUGCUCCUCCUCCAGAACCAUCAAAUUUAGGAAACAGGAAACUGAGACCCAGAUCAAAAAGAAAAUCUUUUGAAUUUGAAGAUAUUCAGACUUACAGACGAUUCAUCCAACAAACAAAUCACCCAGAGAUCUCAGAAGAACCCUGUGAGCAUUCUAGAUCUGCUCUUUACCACACCAUGUCUGAAGACAAUAUCUAUGAGGACAUUACGUAUCCUCCAAAGGAAAACCCAUAUGAAGAUAUCAAAAUUUCUCCCUUACCUAUAUGGAGGGCCCCAUCAACAUGGAAAAUACCACCUCCACGCUGUACUAUAAAAGCACCUAAGAUUUCCUCAAAGCCCAAUUUUCUUAAACGCCAAACCCUUGAAUUUAAAAGCACCAAACUUUACCUGCACAAAAAGACUCCCAAGGAUAGCACGCUGCCAGUGACACUGAUGGAGUGGAAGGUGUUCAGAAGUGCAGGAGACACAACAGGGAAAAAGAAAAAGAAAUUCCCUAAGCUGGUGAUGAAGAUUCAGGACAUUUUUGAUGCUAAACGAGGGAAGAAGAAAGUUAAGGUUCAACCCUUUACCAACCAGGAUACCACUUCAUCAAAAGGUGAAGCCAGUGAAACUGAAAGUGAGGCAGAAGAUCGGCAGAAAAAGCAUAAUAAACGUUUGGCUCAGGUACAGAGCUCAUUAAAACGGAAUCCUCAUUACCAGACACUAGAGAGAGACCUCAUCGAGUUUCAGGAGCAGCAAUUGUUUGAGUUGUUCGUGGUAGUCUCUCUUCAGAAGAAGCCAUCAGGCGAUGGUUAUGUUCCCCAUAUAACCCAGCAGUAUCCUAAUAAGAAUGAUCAGCCACUGAAGCAAUCUAAAGAUACUGAGGAGAGGUUAAAAGUGAUCCCAAAAUUCUGUUUUCCGGAUUCAAAAGAUUGGGCUCCAACUUCAAAUUUAAAGAGUGAAACAUUUUCAUUUGUUCUUACUGGAGAAGAUGGAAGCAGAUGGUUUGGCUACUGUAAAAAACUUUUGCCACAAGGCAAAGGAAAACGACUACCUGAAGUUUACUGUAUGGUUAGCCGUUUAGGCUGCUUCAAUCUAUUUUCUAAGAUAUUGGAUGAAGUGGAGAAGCGGCGGGAAAUGUCACCAGCUCUUGUGUCUCCAUUCAUGCGCAGUGUUAUGGACGCCCCCUUCCCUGCCCCUGGGCGUACAAUAACAGUAAAAAGCUUCUUGCCCGGUUCAGGAAAUGAGGUCAUAGAGCUGUGUAGACCUAUGGACUCCCGACUUGAACAUGUUGACUUUGAAUGCCUAUUUAAAUGCCUUAGUGUAUCUCGUGUUCUCAAGGUGUUUGCGUCUCUUCUGUUGGAGAGACGGGUAAUCUUCGUUGCUGACAGUCUCAGCACGUUGUCCAAGUGCGCUCAUGCAGUGGUUGCAAUGCUGUACCCGUUCACCUGGCAACACACCUACAUUCCUGUUCUACCUGCUUCCAUGAUUGAUAUUGUCUGCUCUCCCACGCCUUUCCUCAUUGGCAUCCUGUCAUGUUCCUUUCCUUUGCUCAGUGACCUACCCAUUGAAGAAGUGCUGAUCGUUGACCUCUGUGGAGACAAGUUUCUAAAACAGGUUUCAGAUGAAGAUGAAAUUUUACCUCACAAGCUCCAGGCUGCAUUGGUUCAGAUUUUGGAACAGAGGAAUGACAUAAUGUGUCAUGAACAUCAUUUCAUGGAAGAGGAAGUAAGCCUGAACUCCUUGGUAUCAGAAUCUUUUGUGUGGUUCUUUGUGGAAAUCGUGGGACAUUACUCCCUGCACAUGUACGUGAAUGAGAAGGGACAGCGGGUUUUCCAGCGUGAGCCCUUCCGCAAGUCCCACACUUCUCGAAGUGUACGCCAGUUUCUUGACCUGUUCAUGGAGACCCAGAUGUUUGCAGGUUUUACACAGGAUCGGGAACUGAGAAAAAGUGGAGUCAAAGGUCUUUUUGAGGUACGUGCCUGCGAAUAUUUGAAAACCCUUCCUGAAACAGAACCCAGUGGAGUUAACAAAUUUUUAAGAGGCCUAGGAAGUAAAAUGAAGUUUCUUCAGAAGAAGUGAUCAACUCAGUGUGUCUUCAAAGUCGUGGUACAUCUUCCAGAGUGUUUGUACUGCUUUUUUGCGGUUGAAUGAAAUCUUCCUUCGUACAGGUUAAAUCCUCCUUUUAUAUGGAGGGUGUAGAAGGAAAUCACUGAAGAUCUACUAACCUUUCUUGGAUGAAACUACAAUGAAGGAAACAUCAAUCACUUCUAAAAUACAAAGUGGAUACAUUUUGUGUGUUAAUGUUGGCAUAGCGCCGAGAGACGAAGGGAAGAUAAUUUAUGGAACUCAUCUAAAAAUACAUACUCAAAUAUUGUUGCUCUACAUCUUGUGCAACAUCACUAAUUAUACAUUCUUGGAACUGCAAACUUUGAGAAACAAUAAAUUCUGAGAAGCUUAUGUUGGUCACUUUUGAGAUGUGUGGUUCAUCUUUAUAUCUCUGUGACAUUGAAAGUGGACAAAUAAUGUAAACUAUUCUUCAAUUUCUUCUAUGCUGUAAUACAAGACUGGAUUGUUGAGUAUACCACGAAGAAGCUAAACAUUUACACAAAUGCCCAAGUUGGCUAUUAUUAGUCAUUGCCAUCAAACUCUUGUAUAAAUCGAAUAUUGGUAAUGUUGUUGCAUAUUUUGUGUUCUUACACCACUGUGCAAGGCAUGAAAACCAAACAACUCAUCAUUGGACACCAUGGCUGUGCCAUUAUUUAAUGCUGCUCUACAAUCAACUAUACUAUUCUUGCCAAAAAUCAAGAUUUGAACGUUAUGGGUCUAAAAAAAAAAAAAAAAAAAAAAAAGCACUUGUUUCUCUUUUUUUAUUUAUUUAGAUUAUCAUGAAUAGCAGGUUAUUGUGGUAGUUAGUCUUAAAAUCAUACAAUGGACUGACAAAGAAUUGGAAAAAAACACCAAAUCCGUGUAUGAAAUGUUUUCUGGUGUUUAUAUAACAUUAGAAUUCCGUCGAUACUGAAACAAAAAUGUAUAUACUGUAUAUUAAAUAUGUGCAGUUAUCUUGAUUUGUAGUGUGCUUCCAUGUUUAGGCAAUUACCAAUAUAUGCAUAUUUAUAGAAUUACUGUGAAAUUUGCCAAGAUAAUUGGCUAUUGUAUAGACUGUAAAUAAUUCAGAUGAAUUUUAAUGUUCUAUUUUUCCCUCGUACAAUUUAUUGUUAAGUUCACUGUUUUAGUAAAUUGCUUAACAAUAUUUGUUAUAGAGAAUUAAGUAUAUGUGUUUGGUUUUAUUAAAACUGGUGAAGCUACAGUCCUGAAGUGGGUCAUGGUAGGUUUAGUAACACUUAUGUUUACAGAUGAAAACUUUGGUAUACACCUUUUUGAUGUGGAUCUGACCAACCUAAACCAACAUUUUAACAUUUUCUUUCAAAAAGCACAUUUGAUUAUAUCGUUUGAUAUGAUUUACUUAAAUGGAUAGUAAACCCAAUUUUUUACUUUUUGCAACUUUCUAAUUUACUCUUAAUAUCAAAUUUUCUUUGUUCUCUUGGUAUCUUUAUUUUAAAAAUCAGCAAUGUAAGCUUAAGAGAUGGCACAUUUUUGGUUCAGAACCCUAGGUAGCGCUUGCUGAUUGGUGGCUACAUUUACCCACCAAUCAGCAAAAUCUACCCAGGUGCUGAGCCAAAAAUGGUCCGGCUCCUAUUGCUUAAUAUUCCUGCUUUUCAAAUAAAGAUACCAAGAGUACAAAGAAAAAUUGAUAAUAGGAGUAAAUUAGAAAGUUGCUUAAAAUUGCAUGCUCUAUCUGAAUCAUGAAAUAAAAAAAUUGGGUUUACUAUUCCUUUAAGUUGUAUGUGAUUUAUUACAAAAUAUCACAUAUGUACUAUGUAUUAACUCCUCUACACAAUGUUGGUAACAAUUGAUGUUGAUGUUGACAAUUUAACUGUACAUUUUUUUUUACUAUUUUUAACUAAAUUGAAAAACAAUCACUGUAAAGAAAUGGGAAAGGUUUGUAUUAUAUAGAUGACAUUGUGGAAUGAAAUGGUUGAUAAUUUAAACAAAAAAUUGCCCCUUUGGGUUUAUUUUUGUAUGUGAAAUAGAUGUGGUUGCUGAUUCAAGCUUAAAUCUAUUGUUCUCAAGGACAUGCCCAUAUCAAUCUGUUGAACCAGCAGACACUAAAGCCUCCUUGUCUUAUACAAUGGCCAACACUUAGCAAGAGGAAUGGAAAAUGAAAAUGUUGUUUCUUAUCUUUUCCACCCGCACUUGUAACAUGAUUACUGGUUGCUGCCUCUUGUUUACAUAUAUUUUCUAUAGACAAUAUUAAAGUAUUCAUAUAUUCACUUUAGGCCGUUGUUUCAAUUGGCAACAUCAGAUACUUCAAAUGCCAAAAUAAAGGUAAAGUAGCUAUUUAGAAACCAUUUUGUACUCUCCAGUGUGUAAAACAGAUCACUGAGAACACUUUAAAGCGGAGAGAAUUUACAGUACAAUGUUACUUUAAGUUAAAACAAUUCUUCAUUUUACAAUUAUUUUUGAUACACAGGAGGACACUGAGGGAUAAUUAACAACUAGCGUUUAGAAUUGUGCAUACUUACUACAUUAUAAGAAAUAUGUCCUGGUUUCUUUUCAAUUUGAAAUAUCCCGUUCCUUGUUGAUGUCCAUAGCUGUAUAUAGGGCCAUAUCCAUUUUUGAAUGUUUCACAAAGCAGCAAUAAAUAAAUAAAUAAAAUAAAAUACCUGAUCCUGUAUGAGGACAAUGUAAAAACACUUUUUAACUUUCUACUGAUGUAAAAAAAUUUAGUUUUUUUCAGGAAAUCCAGUGCAAUACAUCUUUAAUGAGGUUUACUUUAUGUUUUAAUUUUUUUUCCUAUUUGACUCUAGGGAUGUGUUCAAUUUGGUGACUUUUUUUCUUUUAUUUGUAAAGCUGCAUUAUCGUUAGUGACUGUUGUUUAAUCCAAAAUACACACAAACUGCUAUAAUUCCAUUAUAAUUUAGUUAUUUAUACAGUUGCUUGUGGGGCGUUUUUCAUUUUAGGCCUAGACUUGGGAUUGAUUGUUUUAUAGGCUAAUGCUGCACCUAGAAAGCAGUUAUAUUGAAAACAUCCAUUCUGACUUCAGAUUUCUCUUUUUAUAAAUUGAAUCCAGCGUUUCUUUGCUAUUUGAUGCACAAAGAAAACAGACUGGAUCUCAUUCAGGGUGUGAUAUACUUUAUAUUACUUUGAGGCCUUUCAAUAACUUGUAAUCAUAUGGAUGUAGUUACAUUAAAUUGAGCAUCUGCUCAUGGGAAUUUACUUGUGACACUUGGCUCAUAUUGAGUUUAUAUGUAUAUUUUGUUCUAGUUUUAUGCCCUUUUCUUUUUUUAAAUCUGUUUUGUAAUGCUUUAUGAAAAUGUUUUCCAAUGUUAAAACCAAAUAAAGUAUUACAUGAAAUGUU